AGUAAAGAUUUGUGCUUUCAAGCGGGCCAGUUCCACACGCACAAAUUCGGCCACAGGACUGAAUCCCCUGAGCUGCCCCAAACCCACUGACCACUUCUCUUUAUACGCCGGUGAGCAGGCCAAAGCUGAACAAGAGGAACCUGACCCAGUCUGCUGUAGCCUGCAGAGUACAGAGGGACCAACCAGUCACAUCAUGAUUGAAGCUGACCGAGAGCUAUCAGCCAUGGUGCAAGAUAUAUGGGAUAAAGAUGUCAACAGACUGAAACCAGGGACAGACUACCGGAUCUCUCUGCAGGGGAAAGCUGGGCCUGUGAAUGCUGACAUGAAUGAUGACAUGAAUGAUGACAAUGAUGGAGCCGGAUAUCCUCUGUUCUCAUUUGUCGAUGAACGCAUUUUCAAAAAGGAGUCUUUCUUAGCCUUUAUCUCUCUACUGGAUAACUAUGAAAGUGAUACGGGUGAGCCUGAGAUUGUAACCCCAGAGGAGGAAGCAGAAAACCACAAGUUUCUGGACUGCAUGCUUCGAACGCCAACCAUGAAGAUUGCACAUAAGUACCUAGUAGAGAAACAGCUCUCCCCAGAGGGAUUACCAGAAUUCAAGAAGCAGCUCUACCGUAUCUGGUUUGAGCUGUACGCCAGACGAGGAGCUAGCAAGCCAGACUCCUCAGGGUUUGAGCAUGUCUUUGUCGGAGAGACCAGAGGGGGCCGCACAGUCAUCGGCUUUCAUAACUGGAUUCAGUUGUAUUUGCAAGAAAAGCUGGGAAACAUUGAUUACAAAGGCUACAGUGUGAACGCAAAUUCCCCCCAGCCUGACGAGAACAAGCAUAUCCUGGCACUACAGUUCAGUUGGAAGAAUGGAAUUAAACCCAAAGGCAGCAUCUUCGUUGGUGUCAGUCCUGAAUUUGAGUUUGCCCUUUAUACCCUGUGUUUCCUGGUCUCACCCAAUGAGCGUGUCAAAGUGUUCUUCAGUAUCUAUGAGGUGGAUAUUGUCUGUCACCACUACAACCAGAAGCAUAUUGGCACAACUUACCCUGUUCUUGUGAAAUAUCAAAAUGAACCAAAAAAACAAUAAAACUAAUCAAGCAGGACUCAAAUACACUCUCACCCAAGUGUCAUGAGUAUUGUUUUAGUCUUUUUUAUUUUUAAAUAAAGAUACAAUACAUCUUA